UUUUUUUGUAGGUACAUGGCAGGGGUGUUAACCUUGACACUGUUGAAAAGAUCUUACUGGAUAGCGAAAAGCAGUACAAAGCGCUGUCAGCUGAAAACUUUUCACUGGAGAAGGCUGAGGUGUGGUCCACAGAUAAUAAAAACUUCGAUGGAUGGAUUUGUCAGCUUGUGUACUGUAUGAUCUCGUUAUGUGAGGAUGUCCCAAUAAGGUUAUGCCAGAAUAUAGCAAUGCUGAAAGCUGAAAUUUCUGAGCUUUUGUUUCCAAGUGUUAUUGUUAGUCUUGCAGGAAGGGUAGGGACUGAUGUCAAUUUACACGAACUAAUUACCUCACAGGUGAAAGAGCACAUCUUCGUCGAUUCAAACAAGCUAACAAAGUCGAAGCAGGUCAUGUUAAAUACCCUGAAUGAACUGCGGAUGUGUUAUGUCCUUGAAAGAUCAACUUUUUCUGGGCAAACUAAAAGAGAAAAGAAUACCAAGCAUUCUAACUACAGUUCUAGAUCUAGCUCCAGCGCUGCUAAGAUUAGAGAUGUGGAAACAGCUAAUGGUAUGGCAGCGUCCAUAACUGCAAAUUGGGACAAGGUAUAUUGGCUUUCCAUUGAUUAUCUUGUUGCUGCCAGAUCAGCAGUAGUUUGUGGUGCAUAUUUGACCGCCGCCAUGUAUGUUGAGUACUGGUGUGAGGAGAAAUUUGGCAGUCUAAGCCUCGGAGAUCCUGAUUUUUCUUAUCAUGAUAUGUUACCGGAUCACGUUGAGAUACUUGUGUCUGCAAUAACAAGAAUAAAUGAGCCUGACAGCUUGUAUGGGGUUAUACAUUCCAACAAGUUGUCUGCUCAAAUAACCACAUUUGAGCAUGAGGGAAACUGGAGUAGAGCACUUGAGUACUAUGACUUGCAAGCACGUUCACAGAAAAUAGUGGUGCCUGGUAGCCUUCCUGAAAACCAAGGGGUGGAACAUUUUCAGCCAACAACUAGUGCACAACAUUCUGUUUUUGGCGAAGGGGAGGUCCAGAGACAACCUUUCAAAGGGCUCAUUAGGUCUUUGCAGCAGACAGGCUGUAUGCAUGUUCUCGAUCUGUAUUGCCGGGGCUUGACUUCCCGAGAAGGCUCCUUUCAGUAUGAUCCAGAGUUUAUCGAAUUGCAGUAUGAGGCUGCAUGGCGUGCAGGAAAAUGGGAUUUUUCUUUACUCUAUCCACAAACGCACUCUCCACCUAUGCAACAUGUCAAGAACAAUAAUUAUCAUGAAAAUCUGCACGGUUGUUUGAGAGCUUUGCAUGAAGGGGAUUGCAAUGGGUUUCAUGGAAAACUGAAGGAUGCUAAGAAGGAGCUUGUAUUGUCCAUUUCCCGUGCAAGUGAAGAAAGCACUGAAUUUAUAUACUCGGCAGUAGUGAAACUUCAGAUUCUUUAUCAUCUUGGACUAGUUUGGGAUCUUCGCUGGACGACGUCUUCACAUGAAAGUAUGCAUGGCUAUCCAGUCAAACAAAUGGCAUGUGCAGACCCUGUGACGCCAACAAUGGAGCAGGAUUGGAUCUCUAUUACUACACAAACUCAGUUCCACAUGAAUUUGUUGGAGCCAUUAGUCGCAUUUAGGCGAGUCCUCCUCCAAAUCUUGGGAUGUGAGCAAUGUACCAUGCAGCAUCUUUUGCAGUCUGCUUCCUUACUUCGCAAGGGAUCAAAGUUUUCUCAUGCAGCUGCGUCUCUGCAUGAGUUCAAGUUCCUUUGUGCAAAAAGUGAUGGAGGACAACCUGUUCCAGAUUGGCUUGGAAGG